AUGGCUAGCCCGUUUAAUCCGUCUGCAGGCCGUGGCAGGGGAGGCGCGCCGGGCGUGCCAGGCUCAACGGGACGGGGAAGAGGUGGACAUACGGCGACAUAUGUACCGAGAGGUUCAAGUGCGCCUCGCGCAACGAGGGCUCGAGGGCGUGGACGAGGGUCGGUGACAUGGACAGCGCGUGGCCGUGGUCGCGGCGCAGGCGCUGUGAACCACACCGCAAAUGGAUCCCAGCAACCUGCAGAGGGCCUCAACCCUGGUGUUGUCAGCUCACCGUUUGCGCAAUCAAAUCAGCAAAAAUCCGUCGCAUCGCCGUUCGGCGCUCAGCCUGCACAGCAGUCUCCGUUUUCUAGAGUCUCAAACAGUGCUUCGGCUUCGAACGUCGCCAAGAACCCAUUCGCCCAACCUAUGAACACUACGAAACAAAAAUCAUCGAAAUUUGUUGGCGGGGGAUCUAAUGUUGCCGCGGCCAUGGAGCAUGCAUCGACGUUGAACAAUUACCAGGAACGCUUUGACAAACUGAAAAUCGAUCAAGUAAGACAGCGUGAACGAGCGAUCAAGGAUGGGCAAAUGGCGGACCCGAAUCAGCCGACUUCUUUAAACCAGGCUAUCACACCCGUGGGUACCUGUACCGGCAUGUGCCCUGAUUUCGAGAGGGUGGAGCGGAUCGUGCAGAAAGCAGUGGACAAGUGUGAAAAGUAUCAUAAUCCGUCAACGGACCAGCUGGAAAUCAUGGAAACCAAGAUGGUGAAACGCUUCCGACGUGCGGCAGCUGGAAAUGACGAGCAAUUGCCCUCGGAUAUCCGAACACCAAAGACACUUUUGCAAACUAUGAACUAUCUCAUCCGUUAUGUGAUCAAUGGUGGUGAACCGUUGGCUGUCGUCCACAUGUUUGUCUGGAACCGGACACGAUCAAUCCGAAACGACUUCUCAGUGCAGCAACUUACACAUGAAGAAGAUGUGAAGAUGGCGGUCAUUUGUCUAGAAAGGAUUGCCCGAUUCCAUAUCGUGUCCCUGCAUCUUCUUUCUAGUCCAGCGAACACAGAGCAGUUCGACCGUCACCAGGAGCGUGAGCAGCUCAACAACACCAUGCUCUCUCUCAUGUACUACUACGAUGACAACCGCGGACGCAUUCACUUCCCCAACGAGGACGAGUUCCGCGCCUACCACAUCUUGUUCUCGAUCCAUGACCAGCGGCCUGACCUGGAAGCCCGUGUUCAGAGAUGGCCAACUGCCCUACUCGCUUCACCUCGAGUGCAGGUGGCAUUGGAACUAUUUGCCGCUGCAUGUAAUACAUGGGAGCCUCAAGGUGCCCUGGAUUCUCGCCGACCGAACGCAAUUGCUCAGGGAUUCUACACUCGCUUCUUCAACAUCAUCAAUUCCCCGAGUGUGUCAUAUCUGAUGGCAUGUGUGGCUGAGGUGUACUUCAACCACAUUCGUCAGACAGCAAUCCGUGCAAUCUGGAAAGCUUACUGCCGGACUCCGCUAUCACAGCAAUCUAAAAACGAUAAUUGGACUGUGGAGGAAUUAACCAAGGUGAUGCACUUUGAUGACGACCAGCAGACAAUUGAAUAUUGCAAUGCCCAGGGCUUGCAGUUCGUGGAGAAUGCGAGUGGUGGACUGUAUCUCUAUUGGGGUGAUCGACCAGUUGACUCUGUCGACUUUGCACCUUCAUCUGACCACUCUUUCUCUGAAACAUACGUGGAGUCCAAGCGCGCAGGACGUACUCUUGUUGCGGUUAUACUCGGCAUGAACAUCAGAGAAGCCGCAAGAAUGGGUAUGAUUGAUCGUUCCCAGUUGCCUCAUAAGAGUGAAACCUUGCCCGAGGCUGAGGCAGAAGAUGGGGAUCUCUUCGUGAGUGAUAUUGACAAUCGGACACCCGCACCUGUGGUUGAAACACACAACACCAUUCAGGACACAUCUGCUUCUGAAUUCCGGAUCGCUUCUGAGUCUCAGAAAUGUCUACAAUCUACUCCUGCAAGUUCGCCUUCACUGUUCCAGUCAAAUCUACCACCCGCCGCUUCAAAGUCGCCAAAUCCUUUCGGCAUCUUUCAGCCAUCAAAAACAGCAUCUCCUCCCUCGAAUCCAUUCGCAACCUCUAUCCCCUCCACCACUGUUACACCCUCAGCGCCGUCUCCUUUCGCUUCUUUGCCAAAUCCAUUCUCGUUCCCGAAACCCGAGAAGACCGACGCCUCUUCCCUGACCACUAAUGUGGCACCCUCACCUUUUCAGACAAAACCCCCUCCUCAGACCGACUCCGCCGAUAAGCCAGCUGUUUCGUCUAUUGGCUCUGCCGGACCCUCACCGUCACCUUUCGCCUCUACUUCUUCUUCGUCCAUAUUCUCAAAGCCAGCGUACGCAAAGCCCAAGACAGAGACAGCUACAACAACUCCACCCGUGCCUGAAUUUCCAAAGCCCAUUUUCUUCCCUCCCGCAUCGUCGACUGCAGACAAACCCGCCUCCGUGUUCCAGAAUGGCUCCGGUUCUGUACUACCCUCUGGCCCGAAUCCUUUCGCUGCGCGGUCUCCAUUCUCCUUCUCCGAGCCAUCAGAGUCAACCCAAAAGACAGAGGCUCCUGCAACUAUUCCUGCGCAGUCUACGCUGUUCAAGCCCAGCACUUUGCCUCAAGAGCCGCCGACUGGGGACAAACCCGCCUCCAUAUUCUCUUCUGGCGCCAGCGCUUUCACUGCGUCGUCCCCAUUCUCCUUCCCCAAGCCAUCAGAGCCAAGUCAGAAGACGGAGACACCGGCGGCAGUUACUACCGCACCCUCUACGUUAUUCAAGCCCAUAAGCUCGCCUCCUGCGUCGUUGACUGAACCUAAGAACCCCUUCGCGUCUUCGAUAUUCUCUGGUGCCAAUUCCUUCGGUCCCACAAACACCCCUGCUGCUCCAUCGCUAUUCCAAGGCAUCAAACCCCAAGAGACAGCUGUCAAAACCAAGGAACCUGCAACUGCGCCCAAUUUCGGGCAGCCCUUCUCGCCAUUCUCGGUGAACAAUGCUAGUACGAUUUCAGGGUCCCCGAACGCGGCUGCAAACCAAUUUCCAGUCCCUGGCUCAAUCUUUGCGGCUCCAAAGGCAACACAGCCAAGCCAGAAAGCGGAUAUCCCAGCUACUGCGCCCACACCAGAGAACCAGCCAUCAGGGUUUUCCCCGUCUUUGGGUAGUUUACAGUCGCCCAAGCCGAGUGAGACUUCGGUGUUCAGUCACUCCGCACCUGCGCCGGCCCAAGUACCUGGCGCACAUCUUAUCAACGGCCACGCUUCGAUUUCGGGUUCUCGUCGGUCUGUCUCGCAAACUCAGGCGACCGCCUAUUCACCUCCCCAGACUCUUUUUGAAGCACUUCGACAGCCUAAAAUAUUUGACACCACAUCGAAUGAAUACUCGUCUGAAACGGCGACUACUCAGCCAACACCUUUGUUCCAAGCCUCAGAGCACUCAGUGGUGCCAGGACAGCAAGGGUCACUGAAACGACAGCAUGAGGCCAGCAAUGCAAAUGUGUCCCCUCAGCACAAGAGGCGCUCCUCGCUGAAAGGAAAAGCCCCUGAGGCAGCGUCUGAUGGAUCAUUCAGACGGUCGGUGCAUUUCGAAGAGGCACACGAAAAUGAAAAGCCUCUGGCGCCGGAAUCGCAAGGGCGCAAGAAGUCUAAAGUCCUCCAAAAGAAGCGAGUGCUGGAUGAGCAGAUUGAGCCCCAGCCGGAGGAACAGGGUCCGAGUACUAAGGUGUCCAAGGUUUCUACAGAGGAAGAGCAUGUCCCUUUCAAUUUCUCGGUCUACAAAGCAGAAAACCGCCCCAUGCCGAAGCUUCCGAUACUGGAAAAGCUAGAAGAAAAACUUGCACGAGCCAAGGCGUUGUGCGAGCCAAGGCGUCUUACCCAAGAACAAAUCCAGUACAUAGAGGAAGCUCGACUGAAACGGGCUCGCCAGGUCGACGAGGACGAGAUUGCGCUCUCCCGGGCACGAAUCUUGGCCGAGAAGUUAAGGACCGGCCCUGGAAUUUUCGAUGGUUGGACUGGAAACAUCCGAGAGCCAUGGCACGAUCCAAACUGGAACCCCAUUGCCCGAAUCGUGGAAAAGUAUCAAGCCCGCAAUAUUCCCCAGCCAACUUCCUAUGUACCCCCGCGUCUGACACUCAAUCGCUCCGCCAGAGGAUACGAGGUCGCCUACGCACCUGAUACCCCGGACCGACCUAUGUCCAGAACCGAACAGCGUAUCCGGCGCACUGGUGCCCGUGGGCUUGCACAUGUGCCCCUGGAUUUCGAACGCCACAGGCGAGAGAAAGAGGAGAUGGCUAAGAGCAAGAAUGGAAAGAAGGAGAAUACGGAUAAAGACAAGGAUGAGGAAGAGAAAUAG